CAGAAUCGCUCACCGUCAGACGACGGGAGUCACCGGCGGCGAAGCACUACGUUCUCUUCCCGUGUUUUUAAACACGAAUAAGACGCCAUUUUUCUUUGGGAGCGCUUUGUCAGCCAUACGAGAUGGGGUGCGGAGUAGUUUUACUGCUGGUGGCAGCAGCGGUGUCAGCGCUGGCCGUGGAGGUGCCGACUGACGUGUCCAUGGGUCUGCUGGCUGAGCCCCAGGUGGCCAUGUUCUGCGGGAAGCUCAACAUGCACAUCAACGUGCAGACGGGCAAGUGGGAGUCCGACCCCUCCGGCACGAAGAGCUGCAUCGGCACCAAGGAGGGGAUCCUGCAGUACUGCCAGGAGGUGUAUCCGGAGCUCCAGAUCACCAACGUGGUGGAGGCCAACCAGCCGGUUAGCAUCCAGAGCUGGUGUAAGAAGGGACGCAAGCAGUGCCGCGGCCACAUGCACAUCGUGGUUCCCUAUCGCUGCCUGGUGGGAGAGUUCGUGAGCGACGCUCUGCUUGUUCCUGACAAGUGUAAGUUCCUGCACCAGGAGCGCAUGGACCAGUGUGAGAGCCACCUGCACUGGCACACUGUUGCCAAGGAGUCUUGUGGAGAUCGGACCAUGACCCUCCACGAUUAUGGGAUGCUGUUGCCGUGCGGCAUCGAUCGCUUCAAGGGAGUGGAGUUCGUCUGCUGCCCCACUGAGGUGGAGCGCAACGCCGACAGCGCCGAGCGGGACGCUGACGACUCCGACGUGUGGUGGGGCGGCGUGGAGACGGACUACGCCGACAACAGUAGGUUAAUGGAGCCGGCGCCAACAGAGCAGCAGGAGGAGCCCAAACCAUCUGUGGCAGAGGAGGACGAUGACGAAGAGGCGCCCGAGGAGGAUGACGACGAGGAGGAGAGGGAGGUGGUGGACGACGGUCUGGACAAUGACCAGGAUGGGGACGGCGAGGAGGACGAAGAGGUGGUGGAGGAGGAUGACGAGGAUGACCAAAACGACGAUUUCGACGCGCUCGACGACGACGACGAAGAGGCCGGCGAGCCCACCGCCAGCGUCGCCAUGACAACCACCACCACCACAACCACAGAGUCCGUGGAAGAAGUCGUCCGGGAUGUGUGCUGGGCCGACGCAGAGACCGGCCCGUGCCGGGCCCUGCUGCCCCGCUGGUUCUUUGAUCGCGAGGAGGGCCGCUGCGUUCAGUUUAUCUACGGCGGCUGCGGAGGCAACAGGAAUAACUUUGAGUCAGAGGAGUACUGCAUGUCUGUCUGCAGCAGCGUCCUCCCCACCGCCAAGCCCAGCUCCUCCGACGCCGUGGACCACUACCUGGAGACGCCCGCCGACGAGAACGAGCACGCCCACUUCCAGAAAGCGAAGGAGAGCCUGGAGGCGAAGCACCGCGAGAGGAUGUCCCAGGUGAUGAGGGAAUGGGAAGAGGCGGAGAGGGAAGCCAAGAACCUUCCUCGUGCCGACAAGAAGGCCGUGAUUCAGCGUUUCCAGGAGACGGUGGAGGCCCUGGAGCAGGAGGCCGCCAGCGAGCGGCAGCAGCUAGUGGAGACGCACAUGGCGCGGGUGGAGGCGCUGCUGAACGACCGCCGUCGCCUGGCGCUGGAGAGCUACCUGACUGCGCUGCAGGAGGACCCUCCCAGGCCUCGACACGUCUUCAGCCUGCUGAAGAAGUACGUGCGCGCCGAGCAGAAGGACCGGCAGCACACCCUCAAACACUUCGAGCACGUCCGCAUGGUGGACCCCAAGAAGGCAGCGCAGAUCCGACCUCAGAUGACCUUCAGCGCCGACUCUGAUCAGAACCGAAUCCACCUGACAGGAAGUGAUUUGAAGGUGUCGUCCCACCCCCCGCAGGUGCUGACCCAUCUGCGAGUCAUCGAGGAGCGCAUGAACCAGUCUCUGGGCUUGCUCUACAAAGUGCCCGGCGUGGCCGACGAUAUCCAGGACCAAGUCGAAGUCCUCCAGAGGGAGCAGGCGGAGAUGGCCCAGCAGCUCGCCAACCUGCAGACCGACGUGAGGGUCAGCUACGGAAACGACGCCCUGAUGCCCAACCAGGAGGCAGGAGACGGCCAGAGCGACCUGCUGCCCCAGGAGGACGUGGGCUUCAUCCACCCCGAGAGCUUCAACCAGCCCAACACGGAGAACCAGGUGGAACUCGUUGAUUCUCGCCCGAGUUUUGACAGAGGCGUUCCUACUCGACCAGUAACUGGGAUGAAGAUGGACGCAGUUCCUGAGCUGCGCAUGGAGACGGACAACCGACAGAGCGCCGAAUACGCAGUUCACCAUCAGAAGCUGGUCUUCUUCGCAGAAGACGUGGGCUCCAACAAGGGCGCCAUCAUUGGCCUGAUGGUGGGGGGCGUGGUCAUAGCCACGGUGAUCGUUAUCACCCUGGUGAUGCUGAGGAAGAAGCAGUACACCUCCAUCCACCAUGGAGUCAUCGAGGUUGACGCCGCCGUCACCCCCGAGGAACGCCACCUGUCCAAGAUGCAGCAGAACGGUUACGAGAAUCCAACCUACAAGUUCUUUGAGCAGAUGCAGAACUGAUGGCGCGUCACCCCCCCCGGCCCCCUCCUCCUUACAUUACCGCCCCCCACCCCCCACCCCACCCCUCAGACAGCUCGGUAGAACAGUCCUUCUAGGAUUUAGUGGAGACAGACUCUCUUUUUUAUUUAAAAAAAAAAAAGGAAAGUCUGAGAGUGCCGACGCCCAUCCCAGGCCAUCGAAAUAAACCCCGCCCCCUUUUACCUUGCUUUCUGCACACCCAUCCAGAACCAGAGAGGGGGGGGCCACCUCCUUCUCCACCCAUCAAAUCCAAACAUCCGACUUGAUUCGUAAUAAAAGCCAAAAUCAUGAGUCUCAAUAAGGCUUGGUGUUAAAUGACCCCCCCCCCCCCUUCCCCACCCAUUCCCUCCUCAUCCUCCUCCUCACAUUUCACAUUCAUCUGGGCUGUGUUCAGCCCCCCCCCACCUCAGAAAACCACAAGAGAAUGGAAAAUAUUGCAGCGAUGUAUUCCGAAUGUGCUGUUUUUUGUUUUUUCGUUUCUUUUCCGGAGGUUUUUCUCGAUCAUUUUUCUUUUUUCAAAAAAGACAGAAAAUGGGGAAAAAAAAAAGAAGAAAGGAAGAAGUCGACCGAUGUAAAGUCCUUUUUUUAAAUUGCGUGUAAUGUUGCCGAAGUCUUAGCUGUUCUGUAGUGCAUGACAACAAUGACGACAGGAUUUUGGAGAAGGAAGAAAAAUAAAAAAAAGGAAUUAAUCUGACGCUGCUCUGGUGAGAUCCUUCUCAGAUGUAGAUUGUCAUUCUAGCAAGAUUGUACAUUUAGAUAUUUCUCGUGAUCACGUGACUUCAAACGAUGAAAAAGCUUCUAUGAAUCUAGACGAAUGCUCCGCUUUGAUAUCAUGUAAAGAAGCACAUUUAGGAUAUCCUUGGUUUUUUUCCAAAACUUCGGUGCUCCCCCUUCGUUUUCCGCCUGCUCUCGUCUCGAACGCCGCGCCACCGCCGCCGCCUUCGUCCCCGUCAUCCUUGGAGGUGUUUUCGGGGUCUGUCGUUUCUUUUGCUCCGUUUUUGGCAAUAAGACAGGUGGGGGUAAUGGGAGCAGGAGGAGGAGAAAGGAGCUGCACCUCCGGAUGGUUCCCCCAGCGAGUCUGUGUGUAUAAUAUGUAAUGUAUUUUCACUCCCCUCAUCAUUCACCUCCAUUUUUUUUCUUCAGCGGCCGCCUCCCUUCCAUCAGCGACACAGCAGGUUGCGGGGGGAGGUGGGGGUGUCGGCGCAUCCUCCCACUGUGGGAUCUUGGUGUAUAUUUGUUAGUUCAACCCCCUCGGCCGUUGUCACGGCGAUCAUUGAACCGGUGAAAAGCGGGGAGUGAUGCUCCUUAGACGCCCAGCAGAGGGCGGUAGAGUAGCAGAGGAAGCAGGAUUUUCUUUUUCUGUGGGUUAAAUAUUGAUUUUUCUUUUUCUUUUUUUCUCUCUUUUGAUUUUUGUUUUUUUUGUUUUUCACUGUGUAAUGUUGUGGAGGCCAUUUGCAUUGACUGGAAAUUCGCUUUCUACACUGUAUCCAUAAUAAAGUUUUGAAUGUACAUACAGA